AUGAAGGAGGCCCAAGACAAGAGGAACAGCCUGCCCCACAGUCUACCCUCCAACCCCCCCACCCUGGUCCCCUCACAGCACUGCCCCUCUCCUCCUACCCUGUCCCAGAGCUCCCCCCUGUCCCUCCAGACCUCCCGGCCCAGGGAGGAGGGUCUCCAGCAGCACCUCAGUGUCAUCCAGUCCACGGGCCUAGCAGCCAGCUCCAAGCCCCUGGCCCUCCUCACCCAACCCCGCAGGGAAACCUCCCCAUCACCCCUCUCUGCCUCUCCAAUCCCCCUCAUCACCUCGCCCAAAGGACGCACCACAUCCUCCCCCCAAGCCGCCCAAGCUACUGCCUUCCUCGCUGCAGCACCUGCCCCUGUCCCUCUGCACUUCCCUGUCCCGCGCCAUACCCCUGUCCUCCUCGCCUCAAACCUUCCCUCUCCUCACGUCGCC